AUAUAGCCAAGCUUGACAUGUGCUUGGUCCUGGCUAAACUAUCGAAUAUCGCAUAAUCAUCUGGAAGCGACGUACACACAAAUCGUGCCUAAUAUGGCAUUUAUUGGUGACUGUGUGAUUGUUUUUGUUUCGCAGAUGUUCUUUUUUGCUGGAGGCUGGCUGUUUUUCAAUAAACAACUGUUUAAGCACUAUGAAAUACGCCACAUAUCCGUGCAGCUCAUUUUCUCGUCCACUUUUGCGCUUUCCGUGACCAUGUUUGAGUUGAUUAUAUUCGAAAUAAUAGGCGUGUUGGAGUCUAGUUCACGCUACUUUCAUUGGCGUCUGGGUCUGACUCUGUUGCUGUUCAUGGUCACGGCUGUGAUACCGAUUUAUAUUUGCUACUCUGUGAUACACAGCAUUUCAUUUUUUUCCGACCGGUGGGUGCGCAUAUUAACUACACUCUGUUGGUUUGUGUUCCUCUAUGGCCUCUGGCGCAUCGGCGAACCAUUUCCGCUGCUCAGCGCCUCCCAUGGCAUUUUCACCAUAGAACAGGGUGUGUCUCGUAUUAGUGUGAUUGGCGUUACCGCCAUGGCGAUACUCUCCGGAUUUGGUGCAGUUAACUAUCCGUACACUAGUAUGACAUAUUUCAUAAAGCCCGUUUUUCGGAAUGACAUCAUAUGCUUCGAACGGCGCCUCGCCUUAACUGUGGACAUGCUGACGGCUAAAAAACGACGCAUAGCCAUGGCUACAUAUAAUCACAAUAAGCAGCAUCCCACAAAGCCAAGAAUAUGGGAAAUGCUGACUUCUGCUGUGCAGCGGGGUCACACGAAUGGGGAAGACAUAACACAGCUUAAGCAAGAGGUCUAUGGCCUCGAGGAGCUGUUGCGUUCGGUAUUUCUCGAACUCAGCUCUCUUAAGAACAUGGAGGAGCGACAGCGUUGGUCUCAAACGCUGCAGGGAAAAUAUUUUAAUGUAAUUGGUCACUUCUUUAGUGUCUACUGUGUAUAUAAGAUUUUUAUGUGCUGCAUCAAUAUUAUUUUUGAUCGCGUGGGUCGCAAAGAUCCUGUUACUCGCGGUCUGGAGAUAGCCGUGCAUUGGUGUGGCUUUGACAUAGACUUGGCUUUUUGGAAUCAGCACGUUUCCUUUUUGCUUGUAGGCUGUAUUGUUGUCACUUCCAUACGCGGGUUGCUGCUCACUCUUACAAAGUUCUUUUAUCGCAUUUCAUCCAGUAAAUCGUCCAAUAUAAUUGUGUUAAUUCUGGCACAAAUUAUGGGAAUGUACUUCUGUUCUUCAGUACUGUUAAUGCGUAUGAAUAUGCCAGCCGAAUAUCGGGUUAUCAUUACCGAAGUGCUGGGAAAUUUGCACUUUAAUUUCUACCAUCGAUGGUUCGAUGUUAUAUUCCUGGUCAGUGCACUGUCCACAAUCAUUGUUUUGUAUUUGUCUCGGAAGCCAGUACGCGUCGAUGAGUCCGACUUACAAUGAAUUGAAUGGAUAACAUCCGUGAGUACAUUUUAAGGCACAAUUGAUUUAUUUGUUAAAGCCAAAUCAGUUGAAUAUUUAUCGCCACAGAUGCAAGCGUUAAGUUAUAAAAUCAUACAUAUGUAUGUUAAUUUCUUACACCUAUGCCAGUGUGUAUAUGUAUAUUUUGUCUAAGUAUGAAUCCAUGUACAUUUAUUUAUACGCACAAAAUCAAAGUUUAUCAAUUUAAGUAAAUUAAAGCAACGGACUGUUUUAGCCAUCCAUAAGGCCUCCUGUGGGUGCCUGUGGUUUUAAGCCUAUGCAAAUUAUUAAAAUUGUGUACACAA